CAGCGCCCCCUGCCGAUGUGUUCCCAGCAAGAGCAUGCGCACAAACUCCAUUCCAUGCCCCACCCCCUCCGCUUCUCCUUCGCCCAAUCCCCGUCAUUUCGCCCAAUCGGAAUCCGCGGCUCUCGAGCGGCGGCGGGUUCGACCAAUGGGAAGAGGCAGAGCCGUGUGUGUGGCUUUCGGCUUUCGUGCCGGGGCCAAGAUGGCGGCGCCGCGCUGAGGGCUCCAGCAUUGUGGAGGAGGAAGAGGGCCCCCCUCAGAAUGACUUCUAUGGGGCUGCUGAGGGCCCUUUUGGCGCGGCCCCCUCCCCUGCCCUGGGGAGCCCUUGCUUCCCUCUCCCCUCGCUCCUUCCUGCUGCCCCUCCGUUUGACGCCCCAAAUGCCCCUGCUGUUGCCGCCCGCCUGCCCCAUGGCGACCCUGAACCAGAUGCACCGGCUGGGCCCCCGCAAGCGCCCCCCUCCCAAGGUGGGCCCGCUGGGGGGCCACCCGCAGCUUAAGGGGGUGGUGCUCAAGACCAUGAUUCGCAAGCCCAAGAAGCCCAACUCGGCCAACCGGAAGUGUGCCCGUGUGCGGCUGAGCAACGGCAAAGAGGUGGUCGUCUUCAUCCCCGGCGAAGGGCACAACCUCCAGGAGCACAACAUUGUCCUGGUGGAGGGCGGGAGGACACAGGACCUGCCAGGGGUGAAGCUCAAGGUGGUGCGGGGCAAGUACGACUGCGCCCACGUCCAGAAGAAGAAGCAGUGAGCGCUCAUUCACUCUGGAGCCGAAGAUAGAUGGUCCGGGAACCACCACUUGCGAGGAGCACAAAUGACUCUCAGUGAGGUAAACAUUGCCUCUCUUGGCCUUUUCCGAAAUAAAGUGGCAUCACCUGCCUCCACUGACCAAAGUGGAAUCUGAUCGUUUCCAGUUUCAAAAACAUAAGUUAUGUCAUGAUAACAAACAUAAAAUGAGCGAUGUACCAGGACCAGAAGGAGCUGAGCUUGGUUCCCGUCUUGGAGGCCGACCCCUUCCUGUUUCAGGAAUCUCUGGGUGUUUCUCCCUCUCUUUUCUCUUGUCAAUUAUAGAACAUGUGGGAUAGCUUACCAUUCUGAGGCAUUUUGGGGAGGGGGGGCAUUCUGGCUUGAAAUAAAAAGUCAUUGGCAGAAACCCCUACUGGAAUCAUUUCAGCCAAUUAUUGCUUUAUGUCUCACAGUCUUUCACACACUGCUAAACGCAACAGUUUACCCUGCUUAUCCUGAAAAAGAGGCAGCCAGGGAAAAUGGUCGGCUGCCACUGGCAUGGAAAAUAAGGGGGCAAUUGGGCAACCAUCCCUGUGGGACGAAGGGCAAAGGGGCUUUCUUUUAAAGGGCACAGGUUUCUGCUCAAACCUCACCCAAAAUGGCCUGUUUUGCAUUGUCUGACCCCCGUCCCCUUACCCCCAGCCAAUCAUUGCCAAGAACUCAUUAUUUUUCAGCUGGAGGGGGGACUGUUGCUCUGAAAGAUGCAACGCUGUGAUAGACUUAGGCAAUCCAUAUGAAAAAGGAAAGGUUUUAUUGCGGGGUUCAGUGCGAAACCUUGAUAUCUUAAAACUGGGUUUUAGAAAAGGUUUAGAAAAGAUCAGACAGUGCAGCUGGUUAGAAGGCAUCCUUCAUUGAGGUGUGGACUGUCCUUUUUCCAUGUGGCAAAGUGGUGCCACAGGAAGGGAUUGCAACCUGAGAUGGCCCUUUCCCCUGCCCUCCCUCCUUCGUGUCUGGUGGGGAAAGGUAUGUUAUGGUGCAUGCAGCUUCCUCCUUUCCUCCCUCUGGCCAUGUCUUCUGGAAGAAGGCGCAAUAAGCCUCCUGCACACUGUGGGCCUCUCCUGGGGUCUCUUCGGUGUCAGGGAAGGCACCUGGCAGGCCUCCUUCAGAGGGUAGGUCGGUGUGGUCCAUGCCUUCCCGCCAGCCCUCCUGCAUGGCCUCAUUCCGGCCCUCACAGAUGUUGUGCAGGAUGCAACAGGCCACGACGACCAGCGGCACGUUCUUCUCUGCCACAUCCAGCCUCUUGAGAAGGCACCGCCAGCGCCCCUUUAGCCGCUCGAAGGCAUAGGUUGCAGCCGUGUGGCACUUUGCGAGGAGGGCAUUGAAGCGUCGCCGGGCCCCGGCGGAUGGGCUGCCAUAGGGUUUCAUGAGCCACGGCCGGAGGGGACAUGUGGGGCCCCCCAGCAGGACAGGGCCCACGGAGACCCCUUCAAUCUUGGCAGUGGUCUGGGGGCCAAAGGUACCCUUCUCCAUCCGUUCAAAGAGUGGGGAGCCCCACGGCAGCCCUGAGUCCCGCAGCCCCCCGGACCACCCGGCGUAGACAUCCAUGAAGCGCCCUGCACUGUCCACCAGUGCCUGCAGCACCAUGGAGACAAGGCCCUUGCCAUUGAUGUGGGUGGAUGCACCACCAUGUGGAGAGCACAGGAUGGGGAUGUGGGCCUCAUCCACCACGCCAAUGCAGUUUGGGAAGCCCUCCCUGGCAAAGCCCUCCAUGACGGCCUGUGCGUUCCCGAGCUGGAUGACGCGCUCCAGCAUCACGUCAUGAAUGGCUUCGCACACCUCCAUGACAAUGACCGAGGCGGUGGAGACACCCACACCAAACUGGCUGGCCACAGAGCGGUAGCUGUCUGACGUGGCCAGCUUCCAGAGCGUGAGCGCCACGCGUUUGUCCACAGGGAUGGCAGAGCGCAUGUUCGUGUCCUCACGCUGCAGCACCGGGCGCAGCCUCUCCGCCAACUCCAGCACUGCCUCCCGGGACAUCCGGAAGCAGCGGGUCCACUCCCCAUCUCCCAGCUGGCUGGCCAACAGGUUGUCCCACCAGUCUGUCCUCUGGGUCUUGCUCCACACCGUCCGAUCAUUUGGGCGGUAGCUGGCCCCCAGCAGGACCUGGGCCACAGCCGCACGUUGCUUUCGGCGGCGCAGGCGGAGAUCGCGCAUGCGCUUAGCAGAGGAACUCGGGGCCUUCCCAGGAUUCCAGGCUGGCGGGCAGAAAGAGGGAUGGGGUUUAGUGUUCAAAAUACAUCUUUGUUAGGUUCAUGCAUUAUAUAUUUUUCUCUUCUUUCCCUCCUUAUAUAGUACUGGCUACAUUGCACUGUACUGUGCUACAGCACUUACCCUGGAUGUUAUGGUUGAGCCUUCGGGCUCCAGUAAUAGAAGAAGGGAUCAUAAGACUCCUCGAGAGUCAGACUCUUUCGAGGAGCGUGAAAGAAAACAGCUCCGGGAUUUGUUUACAGACCCGACAGAUGAGGACUCAUUUGAGGGUUUUUCUGAGGGUUUGGAGGAAGAGAUGGCCAGCUCGGAGGAGGACGACAUGGAAUGGACUCGUGUGAGGGAGGAUUUGGGUGUUGGGGAAACAGGCAAUGAAAGCAUGGGAGGUGAUUGGCAGGUUGCAGGAUCAGACCCAUGGACUGGCUGGAGGGAUGGAGCGGGAUCCACAGCUGGGGAUGCUGUGGGGCGUAGUCAAAGGUGCUUAAGCUCUGAUGAGGAUGAUGAUGUUGGAGCACCUGGAAUUGGGAUGGCAGCUGACAGCGAUGAUGAGCUUGAACUGGGAUAAAUUGGGGUUUGGGACCAAUGUCUAAUUGCGUUGGGCAAGUUAAUCUGGACGGACGCUUGGGCUUUUGUUGGGGAACUUCCUGAAGACGGGUGUGAUUCGUUACUGGAUACCUUGGACCUCUGUCGUCUUUUUGACGGGCAAUAUCUACUCGCACUGGAUUGACGCUGGACUGACUGACUUCGAUUCCGGAUUAUUCCUUCUGCUGGCUAUCGGUGAGACCUUUGGAUUUCUAGACGACUACGCUUGGCUAUUGACCUCUGGACCGGAUUAGGACCCUGCUGACUGCCGUUACCCUGACUCCUGUGCCUGGACCUGGAUAUCGUUGGCCGCUGAACCUUAAACUGAAUCCUGACUACGACCACGCUUUUCGUUCGCUGCAGGAAGGAAUAAACAAGCCUGGUUUAUUCUCCUGCUGUUUCUGAGUAGCAGAGAGGAAUCUGCUACCAGUCUGUUGUUUACAUUCUGACUCCUGUUGAUCCUCUUUUGUUUGCAUUGUUUGCCAGGCUGAAGUAAGCACUUUUGAUUUAAUCCGGAUUAUACUUCUGUUUAACCUGGUUUAUCCCUUUGAACCGUUUAAGCUCAAACUGAGCUGUUUUUUGUUACUUAUCACACUGAAGUCAAGUGUUUGCCCUGUUCUUUGUUUCCUACGUGCGUUUUUAGUUCUGUAACCUCAAUAAACUGAGUUUUGUUUUACUCGCUGGCGUUCUGUCUGUGACACUGGAGGUUGCCCUGGGGUGCUGUUGCAUCGCUGGGCCGCUCUGCAGGACGAGUGCCAGUGAUCUCCAUCCAGAGGUCACUGGUAGCAGACAGGCCAUUGGUGGGCGUCAAGGCCAUGUCUUGUGGCUGGCUGAGACUGGGCACCAUGCAGGAUUUGACGGCAAGCAAAGACUCCUGUCCCAGGAGCUGUAAUGGGACAUCAGACAUCUCCAAGGAGCAAAGGGUGGAGGGAUCUUCGUUUGUCCCAUGCAGCUGGUAGCUGGUAAUCUCCUUCUCAUGGAGAGAAUUCCAGCCAGGCAGCUGCACCCGGUAGCCAGGGAUUCCCAUGGCUUGGCUGUAGCCGUUUUGGUGGCGCUUCUGCAGUGGGCAACUGGGGGUGUGUGUAUCGGCACCCCCCUCCGGGCAGUGCAUCCGCACCAUUGAAGGGGCCUGGCCAUGGAGGCCUCCCCUUUGGCCCCUGCCCUUGCGCCCCUUCUUCUGGGCCCGGCCAACGCACACCUUGGGGAUGACCAGCCCCCGGCUCAUGGUCAGGAAGCGGUCCAGGAGGGCCUAAAAGGGCAGGGUCUGCCGGGCUCGGUUGGAGCGUAGGUGGCCGUCCUGGAUCUCCUUGAAGCCACGCCACAGGUCCUUGGCUCUCUGCCGGCACUGCUCCAGGUUCCUGAGGAAGCCCAUCUUGUGCAUCCCGUCCGCCAAGCGCUGGUACUGGGCCUCGUUCUGGUAGUUGUCAUAGAGGGCGGUCUGGACGCAGUCGUCCCCCCAGACCCCCACAAAGGCCUUCGUCUCCGAGGAUGUCCAGUGUGCCGCCCGCUGCCGGACCCACUCCAGGGCCUUUUGACGGCUGGAAAAAAGGAGUCGGGAGAAGAAGAUGGAGAGACAGCGGGAUACCAGAGCAUCCUGUGCCUCUUCUCUCUGGUUUCCUAUCAUGAACUCAUAUAUAGCACGGGCAAUCCUGAACUUGCUCUGCUAUAGAAACCAAACCUUCAUAUACUGCGUAUACCCCAAGAGCCCCCCACCUGUAAUACUGGGUGUCCAGCUGCCCAAAGUGGGGCAUCUGCUCUGGCUUCUCUGGCUUGAGGUCUAUUUUGCAGCUGCAGUCGAGGCAUUUGAAGAGUUUCCCCAGGGCCAGCUGUGCACGGAUCCGUCCGGCCUCUUCCUCCAUGUAGACGAAGCUCCUCCGGCAGUCGAUGCAAGUGAAGACCUGCUCCGGGCAGUGGCCGUUCUGAUGGGAUGCCAGGUUCCCACCAAAGGACUCCUUGCGAUGCAGGCAGGGCAGGCCUCUCUCACCAAGGUGGACACGAAGGAUGUGGGCCAUCAGGGCUGACCGCUGGGGGAAGCUCAGGCCGCAGUCCUCACAGUCAAGCCCAGGGCUGGCCAAGGGCUCCUCCUCAGACUUGAAGCCAGGCUGGGCCUCUGCUGGGAAAGGACAGGGGGAUGAGGCAGGGAUGGACACAGAAAGGGGUGAUGGGACUUGUAUCUAUGCCUACAUAAAAGACCAUAACCCCAAGCCCCUUCCGAUGGCACCUGCAAAUCCAGAAGCUGCCCGGUGGGGCAUUACAAGCCUCUCCAGAACCUCCUGGGCCACUCACCGGGGCUGGGGCCUCCCAGGGUCGCUCCCGCUCCUUCCUCUGGCUGCGUCCUGCUGCUGGGCUGCUCCCCUCCUGGCUCUUCGCUCACUUCCAGCUGCAAGGGCCCUCCAGGCACUGAAUGGUGGAGGAUCAGAGAGAGGGGGAGAGGAUCCACCAAUCUGAAUGACUGGUGCAGGAAUAGAGCCCUGGCGACCACGCCUAGAGAUUCCCCAUUGGAUGUGGAGGGAUUCUGCUAUGAAAGGGCGGUUUGGCAACGGGACCAAAUGCCUGCAGGUGCAGUGGGCCUCCAUUGACAUGUCAGUCCAAGUCAUGCGUUAACAAUGAAAAGAAAUUUUAGAUACCAAUGGGGAAACCACAAUCAUAACUUCCAUGAUAUAUAAACAGAAUAGUGUUCAACACCAUUUAAUUCUAAUUUUGUUUCAAUAGCCAAAUGUUUUUGUCCUGAUUUAGAUAAAUUAGGGGCCCCUGGUGGCACAGUGUGUUAAAGCGCUGAGCUGCUAAACUUGUGGACCAAAACGUCCCAGGUUCAAAUCCCGGGAGCGGAAUGAACGCCCGCUGUUAGCUCCAGCUUCUGCCAACCUAGCAGUUCGAAAACAUGCCAAUGUGAGUAGAUCAAUAGGUACUGCUCCGGUGGGAAGGUAACGGCGCUCCAUGCAGUCGUGCCACUGGCCACAUGACCUUGGAGGUGUCUAUGGACAAUGCCGGCACUUCGGCUUAGAAAUGGAGAUGAGCACCAACCUCCAGAGUCGGACACGAAUGGACUUAACGUCAGGGGAAAACCUUUACCUUUUUUAAUAGCCUUUAGAGCUGGUUUUAAAACAGCUUAGAAAAGGUUUUGUUGAAAAAGGCAACCUCUUUGGGGGUCCAAAUGUUUUAAUUAGUCAUGCAAGAUAGAAAAAGGUUAGUUAUGCAUAUUAAAACAAUUAUUAUUAUUAUUAUUUGUCUUAUUUCCUAAUAAGCAUCAUAGAGCAUUUUCCUUCAUUCUCUUAGGAAUGCGCUCUUUUCAGUUCUCCAGGAAGGGGCCGCUGGGGAUGCUCUCUCAGGGGGCCCGGCUUGGCAGGAGGAUGGACUAGGUGACCUCUAAGGGUUCAGUCCACCUCUAGGAAUCCACUUGUGAAUCAUCAACGAGGAAAAGCAGCAAUAAGCCAGAGAAAGGGCAGGCGCCAGGGCCCUGUGAUGGACGGAGCCAGGGUUGCGGAGGUGCUGUCCGGUCCCAGCCGGGGCCAAAAAAAGAGGCGACUAUUGCGCUUGCUUGCAGACACACACGUUGGCACCGCCAUUGCAGGAAGGGCCAUGUGACUGUCACCAGUCUGUUCCAGGAGGAAGCCAAGAACACACACACACCCAAACGGGGAUGCAGACAAUGGCAUGUGUGUGCAUUGGGGGGAGGUCCUGGGGGUCUCGAACCCCCUCCCAGACUGAUAGGCUGGAUGACCUCUAGGGUAGUCUCUCCGCAGAUCUUCAUUUGCAUCCUCAUCCUUCUUAUUGUGCCUUUUCCUUUUAAUUCUGUGUUUCCAAUGGCAUUAAUAAUGGAAUGGACUAGAGCUUAUAGUGUUGGGAAUCACCCUGGACUACUCAAGUCUAAAUGUAGUCAGAUAGAUGAUAGAGUUAGAUGGAGGGAAUCCUUUCCCUGUUUCCAAAUUAUGCCUAGACAGGCUUUACUGUGUUUCACUCUAUCCUGUGUACGUCACAUCCCUUACUUUGAAGUUAGUAGAAAUGUGGAUCUCCAGGGACACUAACUUCUCAUGGGUCAGAAUGUCUUUUAUGGCCCAAUAAACUGGACCAUGAUUUUGGAACCAUUUUGGUUCUCUCUUCUCCCUUUGUUCUUCUAGCUAACAAGCAGCAUCUUGCUGUCUCUCCUGGCAAGAUGUAACUAUUUAGAUGUUUGUUAUUUUUCCUUUCUUAUUUUUCCUUAGAAACCAGUCUAGAGUAGACUAGACAGCUCCCAAGCCUUUCUAUCUACAAUGGAGUUCCUUUUACCUGAAUAAAUACUUUUUGAACUUUUA